UUAUAGCUGCAACGCCGGUGAUUAUUUCCCCCCUCUCCCCAAAAGUCUGUGUGCGUGUGUGUGUCAGGGUGGGUGGGUUUCUUGUCAUUCCUAAGCUCACCAGUCAUCGAGAUUCAAGUGCUGUGCAGAACGCCAAAGUGGGAAUCACAUGCGGCAGCUUAAUCUGCCCCGGAGAAUAGGGAGAGCAAAGGUCACAGUUCUGCUUCGCUAAUGUGCGCCGAAACUUACCCAUGGCAAACUCCGCACAAAGGAACUCGCCGAGGACUUGGAUACAGGCUGCACCGAGACACGGAAGGAACCCACUUUCAGAUGGAGAGGAGGAACUCAGGAGCCGGCUGCAGAUUUCAAGGUGUCCAAGGCAGUGGUGCUCGGGCUGGGGACCCGGAAUUCUGUAUCAGAUUGGCACUCACCACCAUCAUGCAGGUUCACCUGGAAAGAAAUCAGGAAGCCCUGCAGCUGAGCUGCUCGGAAGCAAAUUGAGGAGGAAGGCAGAGCCCCGAGGAGGGGGCGAAAGGCCGCCUGUGGCUGCAUGAAACCCACCCGCUCCGGGGGAUGAUGGAGCCGGCUGCAGAGAGGCCACGGGCAGAAGGCGUGGAAGAAGGCCAGCGACGGGGCAGCAAGCCAUGGGGCCAGCAGGAGACCCAGCCAGCUCUCAGCAGCCAGUCCCCAAGCCCCAGUGUCCGGGCGGAAAGCUCGAUCCUCCGCCGCGCCCAGCUGUCCAACAGGAGCCUGGGCCGGUCCAGCAGGUACUCCGGGAACUGGGCGAUGGGGACGGACACAGCCAGGCUCUCCAUCGGUUUUGGCAGCACGAGGAGGAAAGGCCUGAAGGAACUCUUGCUGCAGAGUAGCCAGGUGAAAGCCACGUGGCUAGGGGCUUCCCCCAGGGGAGCAACAGCCGGCGACCGCCCUAGCUGUGUGGUGGAUGGGCGGCAGGAGCAGGGCCGUCCCUUGGAAGUCAACGCCGAGGAGCUGUCCCUCACUCUGGACCCCCUGGAGCAUGAGUGGAUGCUGACCAUCGCUCAUGGGGAUGUGGCGAGCAUCCUGGACCUGCUCGCCAAGGAUCUCACUCUCCUCUCCAGGAGGGACUUUGUGACCGGCUUCACCGUCCUCCACUGGCUGGCCAAGCAUGGCCGCCACGAAGCCUUGAUUGAGGUGAUCGCAUUUGCAGAGAGGCACCACUGCCCGGUGGAUGUCAACGUCUUCACGGCCAACGGCCGGCUCACCCCUCUGCACCUGGCCGCUCUUCAGGGCCACGCCAUGGUCAUCAAAGUGCUGGUGGGGGCCUUUGGGGCCAACACAAGCCUCCGGGACCACAACGGGCACAAGGCGUGGCAGUGCCUCCGGGCGGAUGCCCCCCAGGAGUUGAAGGAGCUCUUGGGGGCUUGUGAAGAAGACUUCUUGGGAGUCAGGAACACCAACAAUAACAACGGCGGGCCGUCGAGGCAAGGUGGACUCGGUGCCUUCACCGGGGAGUCCAAAAGUGGGAGAGGCGUCGGACAAACCCAACGGCCCACCACCAGAUUUUCUUAUCUCAGGAACAAGCUGAGGCAAGCCAUCGCCUUCUUCCAGGAACGUUAGGCUCUGCUGCACCGCUGAGGCCAUCUGACCCGUGGGCUGGGUUUGAGUGACAACCAUCCCCAGGAGGGUAGGGAAGAAGCCAGAGGGAGCCCUGGAGGGGGUGGCUGAUGCCACAGGGAGACAAUCUGUAAGCCAGCAGACCUGCCCAGCCUGACUUUUGAUGCCACCUCAGGGUUAGCAAGCCUUCCAAGGAAAAGGGGGCAUGCAAAAAAGAGCUGGUGCAGUGCUGUGGCUGUGAGUGUGAGCUGGAAAGGGCUUCCAGAUUCUCCUGCUCCGCCAAAGGCAGUCGGCAGGUAGGGCUACCUGUAAAAGUCAAGUGAGCCAUUGAGUUGGUGUUGGCUCCUGGCGACCACAGAGCCCUGUGGCCACGCAGGAUGAGAUGAUGAUGAUGAUGCCUUUCAGCGUCUUCCUAUAUCGCUGCUGCCCGAUAUAGGAGUUUCCUAUCUAUAGGUGUUUCCCAUAGUCUGGGGAACUUGCCAGCAAGGAUUCGAACUGGCACUCUCUGGCUUGCUAGUCAAGUCAUAUCCCCGCUGUGCCAUUAGGUGGCUGAAGGGCUCCCUGUGCCUGGUGCUAUUAAAUCAACAAUAAAAAGCUGACACAACAGACAAAAAUUGAGAGGGGGGCAGAGAAGGGGCAACGUUCAUUUAUCGAUGGGUGAGCUGUGUGCCACGUGUUCGAGUUCUGAAACAGAAAGCGGGGUCCGGUGGGGGACAUGUCACUUGUUGGGGGGGUGAUUGCCCACCCAUACCACCCCCCUGGAGCUGCCCUUGAACUGAAACUCUUGCCCAGUUCAGACAAUAUGCUGCAUGACACGACUGUACAGAUGUCUGUACACUCAUCCAGGUGUGUGUGUGAAUGGCUGCACCUUUUGUGCAUUGGGAAAGUGGACCUGGAUACAGGCCCUUCAAAUGCAUGGGAGAGACCGGAAGUAUACGUCUGUACCUGUGUUCAGCAAAACAUGUGAAUGACUGUACCUGUGUGUAGAUCUGUACCUGUGUACUCUGCACACUCGUCGUACGAGUGUUGGACAUAAUGUGUGGAUGAGUCUUCUGUGUCAUGGCGAUCCAGAUUCUGCCUCAAGUCAAGAAAUGAAGUAGAUUUUUU